AUGGAAGUCAAAGCGACUAGUGUCAAGGAUUUACCGGUGGCAGAUGUGUACGAGCUUGUAUACCAGCUAAAGCAAUGCAAUGAAAGCGAUCCGGUAGAGACAAGACGGCUUCUUCAAGAUCACCCAGAACUGGCUCGUGCCGUUGCUCAGGCACAGCUUCAGCUCGGAAUGAUUAAAGAGAGUACGGCAUCAGGACCCGCCCCUGCCAAUACGAUUGGCGUGUCGAAUGACCUGAUGGAGAAGUUGGAUCAAGAGCAGCAGGAACUUCUGGAGCAGGUGCAAAACUUGGCACCUGAGAUUAUCCAAUCCCUGCCGCCUGAUGAGCGACGACAGAUUAUGGAGCUGCGUGAGGCUAUGGGACUUCCACCUCUCUAA